AUGAAUAAUAGGAAGGUACUUUUUGAAUACUCAAAAUUUGAUCUUUGGGUUCACUCUCUAAAGAUUUCCAUAUACAACCUUACACAUAAAUUACUUUUAAAUAGUGUUGUAACUAUUCACUUAUACAAUUUUCUAAUUUUAUUGGAAACAUUGCAAUUGGUAAUUGAAAUUAUUUUAAUAUAAUUUCAGGUGUACUAUUCAAUACAUCCAAGCUUUUAAUUUCUAUUCCAAACGCCCAUUUUCAAAUAUUUCCGAUAGAUUCUAUCAUAUAUCUAACCAAAUGAAGUGUUGAGUCAAGGAAAAUUAGAAAUUUAGUUAGCACUUUUGUAUAUUGUAAUUCAAAAUCACCUAUCAAGGUAUUCGCAAUAUAAUUACUUACGAUUACAUUGAUGAUUGUAAUCUUAAGUAAUUUGAAACAACAAACUACAUUUUAUAUAUACUCAUAUAGGCUCAUAGCAUACUUUGGAGUAUUUUUCAAUAUUGUAUUACUGAUUCCAUUCACAAAUGUUUACUUUUCCAUACUCUAUUGUGUGAAUUCAAAUUUUGAAUGUUAUGUUGGUGCUUAUUUUGCUCAUUUUGUAUUUUCAGUAAAAAAUAUUAAAAUAUUUAGUUCCUUGGGUUAAGUAUGCAUUUAAUUUAAAUAAUCUAUUUUAAUUUAGUAUUUUUAGAAUAGAACCCCUUUUCAAGUAUACCUUUUGCUAGUCCUUAGCAAAGUGCUACUUUAAUAAAACAAAUAAUAAAAAUUGUUUUACCAAUUUAUACUAUUUUUGAUAAUGAAGGAUCAUUAGACAGAGUAUUCAUAUCAUUAUUAUGUUUAUCAUAUAUUUAUUUAAAUAUACAAAGAUUUAAGUAAUCAAAAUAUUAUAAUUAUUGGGUUACAUAUGCUAUUUUAAUAGAGGAGAUUACUCUAUGCUGGAUUACACUUGUUAGUUUUUUUACUGCAUUUAUAAAUUAUAAUAAAGCUGAAGAUAUUGGGUUCUUUUAUAUGAUUAUUGGUAUUCCUUUAGUAAUACUUGUUUAUUUUCAUUUAUUGCAUUUAUAAAACAAGAAAGUUUUGUCAAUUUUAUUUAGAAAUAUAGAAAGAGAUAUUGAAGCUGAGAUAUAUUUGAUAGCCAUAAUAAACCUGAUAAAGCAGAGAAAAAAGACAUGGUCAAGAAUGUUAUUGGAAGGAAAAUUAAGAUUACAUUUCAAAGCAUGUUAAAAUAAAGAAUGUAUUUGUAAAGCCUUGAUUCUUGAGAAUAUUAAAGAGGAGGAAAUAGAUUUAUAUUGGUACAAAUUUUUGGGAUUCUUGUUAAAUUAAAUGAAAGAGAAGUUCUAUAAAAGUUGUAGAAUAAAUCUUUUAUAUGCAUUUUUAUUGAAUGAUUAAUUGAAUAAUCAUUUUAAAGCCUUAACUGAAAUGAUGUUUGCUGAAGAUAAUAAACCAUCUAUGUAAGAAGAAUUAGCAAUGUACCAUUAUAAAAAUAUAAUUUAAUAAAAAUUAAAAGAUAUGGAACAGAAAACAAAUGAAAAUAAGGGUAUAGAUGUGAAUGGAAUUAUGGUGUUUCAAAAUACAUUCAUAAUAUUUUUAAAUGCAGUAGAGAAAACUGUCAAUUAUCACAUUGAAUAUUGGCGGGAAUUACUUGAAAUAAAUCCAGACAUUUUAAAAUUGAAAGUAGUUGGAUCAAAAAUAACAAAGAAAUUAGAAUAAACAAUGAUUUAAUAUUAGAAAUUACAAGAGUUAAAUCCUAAUCAUAUAAAAUUUUUAACAAUAUAUGGAAGUUUUUUAAAAGAAAUAGUAAAUGAUGAGGAUGAAUCAAAUAGAAUUUUAGAGAGAGUUUAGAUUUUGAUAAAAUAAUUUUAGAAUAAUAAAAUUCAUGAUUAAAUUAGAUUGAAAUAUGGAGAGAAUGCAAAUACAUGUAUAAUAACAUGUUCAGGCAAUUUCAAUAAUAUGGGUGUAGUAACAAAUUGUAAUAAUGAGAUUACACGUUUAUUAUAAUUUAGUAAGAGUGAUAUAAUGGGAAUAAAUAUAAAUUGUAUAAUGCCAAAGAUAUAUGCAAGUCAUCAUGAUUAAUAUAUGAUUGAUUAUAUAGAUUCAAGUAAACCGAAAGUAAUGGAUAAGGAGAGAAUAUUAUGUUGUAUAAAUUAAUAGUAAUAUUUGGUACCUUGUUCUUUGAUGAUAAAGAUAUUACCAAAUUUAGAUGAAGGUAUAAAGAUGGUAGGUUUCUUAUAAGAUUAUAAUAAUUAAUAAGAAUCAAAUGAAGAAUGGCAUUAUAUAUUAGUAGAUGGUUAUUCUUAGAUAAUAUUAGGUAUCACAUAAUCAUGCACAUAAAUAUUUGGAAUUCCAUAAUCAAUAAUGACAAAUAAUACAUUCAGAUAGAAAUUUACAUUCGAUAUUCUAUUUCCAAAUAUUGAAGAGAAUUAAAACAUGGAAGAUGGAAUAUUCACUUAUUUAGAUACAACUUAAUUAUAGGAAGAUUAUUUAUAAGGUAUUGGAGAGAGUUAGAGUGAGAUAUCUAUUGAUGAAGAUGAUGAUUAAUUCUGUGAAUUUCCUAAUGAUCCAUUAAGAAGUUCAAAUGACACUAGAAUAUAAAGAUAUUUAUUAAAACCAGUUCAAGUUAAGCAGUAAGAUUAAGUUUCAGAUACUCCAAGUCCAUUAUUUAAUAGAUUUUAAACUGUUGAUUUUAAGAAAAAAAAAAAUGAAAAAUUAUAAAGAUAUAAGAAAUAUAAAAUUAAAUUGGUUUUAUGUGAUGAACUGAAAAUAGGUGAAUGUAAUUUAUAAACUAUUAAAUUUAUGUUGAUCAAAGAAGAUGAAUAGAGUGAAUAAUUACUUAAAUAAGAGUCUGUUAAUUCUAAAUAAAACUAAAAUAAUUAAGAAAAUAAAAUUAGUGACCAUUUAUAACCUGUUAUUGAAGAUGGAAAUUCAAGUAGAUCAUCUAGAACUGAAAAUAAUUAAAAAGAAUUAAAAGAAUUUAAAUAAAUGAUAUCAUCAAAAACUCAACCUAGAUCUAUUAUUAUAUUGAAAAGAACAGUUUGGUUUAUUAUGAUUCUUUUAUUAACUCUCAGUACUUUGAUUAUGGCUUAUAGAGUCAUUUAAAGUAAUGAUGUUAAGGAAGCUGUAAAUGCUAUCUAUUAAGGGUAUUAUAGACAUAAUAUCAUAUCUGAUGUUGUUUAUAAUGCUCGUAAAUUAUAAUUAAUUUAUAAUAAUACUUUUGAUACUAAUUUAUCACUUGCUAAAUCGGAUCUCUAAUAUUGGGUCAACUCAUUACAAUAAUUAUAAUAUGACUUAAUCAAUGUUAGACUUAUUAUGGAAAAUAGAAAAGGAAAUAAAAUAUAACCUUAAUAAUAUUCUACCAAAUUUUUAAUGUCAAAUGGAUAAGAAAGUAAUUAAGACUUACUUUUUGAUGAUGCUAUGAUGUAUUUCAUUACAUCUGGUUCAUAAUUAGGAAAUUCUACUAAUGAAUCUUUUAUUUAGUAAUAAAGUAGUGGAUAUAAGAAUUUUUACUUUCUUAUUAAUAAUGGUUAUUAUGUUCUUAGAAAUGGAUCAGAAAAUAUAGCUAACAAUUUCUAUGAGUUUUAUUCCGAUCUCAUUUAAGAUUACUUAAUUAAAUUCCUAAUUAUUAUGAUUAUUGGUAUAGCCUUCUUAAUUAUUUCCUCUUUAGUUCUAAUUCCAAUUGUUUCAUAAGUUCAUGAUACCAAUAAUAAAGUGUUAUCUCUUUUUGGUAUUAUACCAGUUAAUGAAUUAAAGGAUUUAGUAACAAAAUGUGAACAAUACUUAAAAAAUUUCUUAAAUGAACAAGGAGAUUCUAAUAAAUACACAAAAGUAUAAGAAGCAUAAAUUACACAAUAAAAUAUUAUUCAUACAUCUGCACAUUGUGAAUAACCAUUAGUAAAUAAGGAAGUUUAAGAGAAAUAAGAGAGUAAUGAAGAUGAUGCUAGUAAAUUAAUACAAAAACCUUAAAAGUUAUUAUCAUCAGGACAUUAAAGUAUUAGUCAUGUUAAAUAAUUAUCUAAUUUAACUUCUGAUGGUUAACCUUAAAUUCCAAUGCCUAUUUCUUAAGGUCCUACUAAACAUGAUUUAAAACAAUCAUCAAAAAAAUAGUAAUAAAAAGAGGAAGAAAAAGAUGAGGAUUAAGAAAAUUUAAAAGCAAAUAAAUUACUCAAUUCUUAAGGAAGUCAUAAAUGUGCUGUUACUGUUUAAUUUAUAUUCUUUGCUCUUUUGUUUAUUUCCUAUUUCAUUUUAGAUAUAAUCUUAGAAUCCUAAUUCCUCGAAGAAACUCAAAACAUUUUUGAUCAUCUCAAAAAUAUUGAAGAUAGACCCUUAAAUAUCAAAUACUAUAUGUAUUUAUCUAUUGAUCAAUUACUUUUAGAAGAUUCUACUUUUAUUGAAACAUAUAAAACAAUGUUUCAAAAUAGAUAAUCAGAAAAUGAAAGAAACAUUUCAGUCGAAAUCUAAUAGUCUCAUCCUUCAUAGUUUGAUUCAUAUUUCUCUUUAUUAGCUGAUAUUUCUUUUAAUAAUCUAUGUAAUUAUCCUUUUACUGUUAAUCAGUUUACUUUACUGACCUCAACUUGUUUAGAAGUAUAAGCUGGACUUUUAUAACAAGGAUUAAAAACUACAAUUGCAUCAGUUGCAUUAACAUCUAAUGAUAUGCUAGCAAAAUGGUUACUUAGUGAUAAAACAUUUGAUGAUCUUACUCAUAUUUUAAAAGAAUAUUAUUAAAAGCUAGAUACUAUUAUAUAAUAUGUAUCCAAUUGUUGUUAUUAUUUAACAAUUAAAUAUUAAGAAGCAACUUUAGAUUUUCUUCAAUAUUCAGAAAUGAUAGAAUAAGUCAAAUUUUCAGUAUUUCUAAUUGUAAUGUUCUUUGUGUUCAUCUUUUGCAUGACUCAAUAUUAAAAUAAUUUAAGUGAACAAAUUUGGGAAACAAAGGUACUGAUAUUCCUGAUUAUUUCAGGGUUUGUUAAAUAUGAUUCCUCUAGAGAUUAUAGCCAAGUACUAACAUCUGAAGGAACAAUUUGUUGGAGGAGAAAUUCUGAAAGCUGUUUAAUGA